GCGUUGCUGGCGUAUUCAAAAACAGCAGUGGGAAAAACGAUGCAGAUGAUAUGAUGCACUACAGAAGGAUCCAGUAGACGUCUAAAGCAGAAUACUUCGGCUGUUGUGUAUGAAUUGACGCAUUUAACACAGUACUGCUUCAAAAUGUCUAAUAUCAACCUUUUCAUUGUUGGACGAGAUGGCAAUGGAAAAACUUCAACUUGGAAGUCGAUUUUGUCACAACAAGGUCGUGUAGUACCAUCGCAUUUUAUAAACAUUGAAGGUAACCUCAACAUGAAUGUUGGUACAGGCAUGUUUGAUGGAAGACUGAUUACCGCCAUUGAUGGGAAAUGUAUUGGAGACGCAGAACCGGAUCUACCAAGCAUACCGUCUUUGAAAUCUGCCAUAAACAAGGCUAUCCCACGUGAUGGUAUCACAGCCUUUGUGUUUGUUAUGAAGUACGGUACUAGAUACACUAAACAAGAGAAGGACGCUGUGGAGAGAGCUAAACUUUUAUUCGGUGAAUACGUCUUCAGAAAGUGGGGAGUUUUAGUUUUUACUCAUGGGGAUAAUUUUUAUCUUGAUCAUGAGGAUGAUAAAAUGGAUUUUAAUGACUGGUGUGAGCAACAACAAGGAGAUAUCGCGUCACUGUUUGCUGAGUGUGGCCACAGGUAUGUGUUGUUCAAUAACAAAUCACAAGAUAAACAGAGCAUGGUGAAGCAGCUGAUGGAAAAUGUUAAUUUGUUACGAGCUGGUCCCUACUUUGGAGAGAAGCCCUUUCCUAAGAUCUUUCCUAUCUUAUUAUUUAUUUCGUUGUUUUUCAUCUUUGAUGGAUUUUGGUGCCAUUUUGCAACAUCUUAUGUCAUUUUGGUUGGAGUGGAUAACCCUUUUGUAGGUUUAGUUUUUGGAUUUACUGGAUGUUUUCUUUUUGUGAAGUUACGUAAUCAAAGAGUGGGAUUAGAUGCGCCAUGUACAACGUUCCUGAUCAUUUGUAUUUUUCGGUUUUUGCACAUCACGCUGUACUCUUUAUAUAGUUGGUACUAUGAAGCUGGAAGAAAACUUGUAAACAUGGACGCUUCAAACUACGUAAAUGAAGAAGUAGAAAACAAAAGCACUUAAUGCAUGCUUUCCUUCUCAUAAAACAGCUGUUAUCAGACGCUUGUACAGCUUAGUAGAGUAUAAUAAAAAUGUCCAGAACUAGAACCAAUGUAUGUAUUAUUUUAAGAAUAGAAAUGUAUCAUUAUUACUCAUUUAAACCCUGAACAAUAUCAUAAGACAUAAUAUUAUAAAGAAUGUUCAUGUUGCCAUUAUAAUGUGUUUUUGUAGAAAUUGCAUUUAAUGUAAACUAACAGUAUAUCUAUACGUGUAUCAUACAUAGAUCAUCAUAAUUUCUUCCCGUUCGUGCCCAAGACACAUGGGGCAGAUGGAGUAGAGUUAAUCUGCUUUAAUUACCAUGUUAUGCAGGGAAUAAUGUGGUCAGCACUAUGUCAAGCCUUUGUUUUCCCUAAAUUGUGUCAGGUUUCUAUCUGUUUGUUUGACUCACGGACGUCCAAGAGACUCAAGCACUGGAUCCGAAUUUGAGACUUUUAUGUUAGAAGAUUAGCGCUCUAUUACUCGGCCAUACACUGUGGGCUAUGGCGGUCUUGAGAGUUUUUGAAGUUCGCUUGUUGAUGUGACUUUGGACAUGUGUUCUGUUAUAUUCACUGCAGCAUUCCAUACAUUUCCUAAUUUUAACGGAUUCCCAAUUUGGCAAAGCUUUUUUUUAUUUAGCAACUUGAUUUAAAGCUUUAUGAAUAUGUUACGCUGACUUUUAAAGUGUCUGCUUGCUUUUGUAUGUUAUUUGUGCUUCAAUAGUCUAUCUAAUCAAUUCAUAACAGUAUGUUACAAUAUAAUACUUCAAAGUAUACAAUUUUAAUUACUUUUAUUGUUUAAAACAAAUUGCAGAAAAAACUUUGACAUAACUAAAUAUCUUGACAUACUUGCCUUUGAUUUUUUUCCCAUCAGUUUAUUUUAACGUUUACUUUCUUCAUUAAUUUUAAUAUAUGGCAUUGUAAACAUUUUGCAGAUCAAUAUCAUAUGAGUUCAUCAUAACUAGAUAAAUAAA